AUGAGCAAGUUAACCGAGAUAGAUCCUCCAUACUUGGAGGAUACUGAAGAGAUAGAUGAACUGAAUGAUGAAACUUUCGGCUGUGAUUUGACGGACGAUUGGGAAGAGGCGCACGAGAAGCUGGCCGGUGUAGAUGAUGAGCCCGGUGUACACUUUGCUUUGUCGCAGUCAAGCAAAUCGCCACCACAGCAAAAUGAUUAUGCUCAUCCGGACUGCGAGGAUAUUGUCAAAAGCAGCAUAUCCAACUGCUUUUUCGAAGACAACCUGUCGGAUGAUGAUUUUAAUAACUACGAUAAUGAGCCUCAAAAUGUGAUCACUAAACCGAAAACUAAAGUUAAAAAGUCCAUCAAUUUGGAUUCACUGCGACCUCCAUCGCCGAGCAUUUUGCCCUUUGAUGAUCAGUUCAUGUCUUCGGUCUGGCGUCCACUUUCGCCAGAGUUGAAUCAUCAGCAACAGCAGCAGCAGCAGAAACAUGAGCCUCAACUUAAUGAUUCAGGCAUCAAUCAAAUUCCACAAGCCAGUUUCAUUCAAUCUCUGCCCAAACAAAUGAAAGUUUUAACCCUUGAGGAGAUUGAGAGAGAGAUAAAUGAGAAACAUCAUCGAGAACAUCAGCAGCAACAGCAGGCGCUACACGAGCAGCAUCAGAAACAGCAACAGCAAAACCAACUGCAUGGUCCAGGUCCAAUUGCCGAGAUUCCGCAUGUGGUUGGUUUAGUUCCUCAAGCGCUGCCUAAACCAAUGAAAAUGGGGAUGACCGUGGAAGAACUGGAGAAAAGUUUGCACAGUAAUCAGCCGCCGCAAGGACAGCCGCCACCGCCAGUACAGCCACAACUGCACCACCACCCACAACUGCACCACCCACAACUGCACCACCCACAGUUGCACCACCCGCAGUUACACCACCCCCAGCUCCAGCAUCCUCAGCACGACCGAUUCACCCCUGUUCGACCACAGCUCAUUCACCCCUUAGUUCUGCAUCCAAUGGUUCAGCAGGAGCAGCAGCGACUAAUCAACACCAUCAUAACUCCGGCGCAGGCCCAACGAGGCCAUCGCUCCCAUCUGUUCAACAACUUCCGACCAAUGCAUGACAAGUUCGCCGGUUUUAUGUCGCAGCGAGAGAAGGACUGGCUGAUUAAGAUUUUCCGCCUGCAGUGCAAGGUUAGUAAUCCCUAUGUGGAGGACUACUACGAGGUGAACUUCAAUGUGAAGAAGGCGACCAAUGAGCGGCGAAAGACGCUGGCUAAGCAGCAGAAUAAGGACGCCAAUGAUGAGGAGAUUGAUGAGAUCAUCGAGAACGACCCGAUGAUUGUUCUGCCUGAACACGCGAAAAUGGAGGAAGAGCAGCCGAAGUACAUUCAGUUCGACAAUACGCUGGGCAAAAUUCAGAUGCUCAACACUAAAUGCCCGCGCAAGCUGCUGGACGUGAACCCGGACAAGCCGAAUGGCGACUCCUCAAACUCAAACUCAUUCUACGCCAUUCUCGCAAAGAUUGAGGUGCUCUACGAACACCUUCUGAACAUUGAAGAUGAGGACAAGCGAAUGCCCAUCCUACCGGAGAACAUUAAGGCACUUCGCCUGGAGCUGAGAGUUCAACUGUGCCAGCAUCUGUUUGAGGGCAUCGUCAAGCCGAUUCCCUCGGCGGAGAAGGGCGGCGGAACGAUGUUUGCGCUGAUCAACCGCACAGUGCCCACGCUGAAGAAGCUGGAGAACGAGGUGGACCCGGAGAUACUGAGCGUCAGCAAGGGCGCCCUUUUAGUGUACCGAAGUUUGCUGCUGCUGCGCAAGGAGGACCACUUUGUUGUCCUUCUCUGUUCGCUAGUAAAGUCGCAAAACUGUAAGCAGUUGAUCAUCGAAGCGGAAGAGAAUCCUCAACUGAACAUUGGCAACAUGCUGGUCAAGGCGCUGGGUCGCAUCAAGGAGGCUCGUAACUUGAUCUACAUUACAGCUGCCAUUGAUGACAUUGAGCUGAUAGUUUUAAGCAAGUUUGGCCAUCGAUUUUUGGUGACCAUUUUCAAGCAAUACAACAAUGCUGAUGACAAGCUGCUGUUCAUCUACUUCUGGAAACUGUUUGUCCAGGCGCUGGUCGAAAAGGUGUCCCCCUACAUGGAGCUGCACAGUCUGUGCAUCGAGCACCUGAGCCAGCUGAACGAACUGUGA